AUGCGCCCCUCAGUAAGCCUCGUGGGGCUGCUGCUCGCCGUUGCGCCUGCCAUUCUUGCGCAAGGCAAUAACAACAACAACAAUAACAAUAAUGGCGGGAACGGGUUGCCGACGCUGUCGACCGCUGCACCAAAUGCCCCGACAGAUGCAGCGUCGAGCGCGCCCCCGGAAUCAAGCGCGCCAGCAACAUCCUCUGAAGCUCCACAGACAUCGGCAGCACCUCCCAGUAGUGCCGCUGCAAGCCAGACCUCCAACAGCGAUUUCCCAACUGUUACCCAGCCUGGCAAUGGCGUCAGACUAUCCGCACUCCCGACCCUCGCAGGUGUUGGUAUCCCCGACAUGAAGGUUCCCGACACCGCGGGAGCUGCCUUCAUGCAAAAGUCUGAUCUUCCCGAUGGCACCGUCUUUAUCUGCGUCGGCGCGAUUCUCGCCUUCUUCGCCGCUGCGGUGCUCGCAUGGCGUGGCCUCGUAGCCUGGUCUCUACAUCGCUCCGUGGAGCGCGCCGCAAGGGCUCAGAACAUGUCCGACCUCAAGGCAAUGUCAGCAGUGCCAGGGAAGAAGCGGGGAAUGUACAAUGUUGUGGGCGCCAACUCGACCAUGUCCCUCGAUCACUUGAACGCCGCUCCGAUUGGCACCUCCAAGGCCUCGAAACGAACCACGGUUGUUGAAGCCCCUGGCAAAUCGGCCUCUUCGCUCUUCUUCUCUCCAACAGCAGGUGGUGCAGGUGGUGUGCAAAACUCGAACAACCGCUCGUCAACCUACCUUCCCGCAGGCUACUACGCAACCGGCAAUGCUGCACCUGCUCAAGGCUCUCCUACCACCUACGUUGGGGGGCAGCAAAAUCUUUCCGCAAACAACUUGGCCAUGCCUGGCAACCGCUUCAGCCAUCGAUCUGCCGUCUCACCACCUGACUCGCCAUCGGUGGGAGCGCGGGGAUCAUAUGCCCGCCCGCCUCAGUCACGAGACGGAGUUUCAAUGUACAACCGCAACAGUUCUGCAACCCUCGGUCAACCACGGGACACCAGCAGCGGCGUGUACGGCAAUGGAAACCUUGACAGCGCUAGCCAUCUGUCGCUCAAUGCCCCAGGCGGGACGACCGUAGCUGGUGGCCGAGCACCGAGCGCGUAUCUCGAGGAUCUGUUUGAAAACCACGGAGCUGGCCCAAGAGAGAGGUUCUAG